AUGAGCAGAAAAAACUCUUAAGAAAGGGCUUUCUAAUCUGCUAAUUCUUGUAGAAACAAAGGAAAAUAGUUGAAUAUCAUUGAUUUCAUAAUGAAAUAGAACUUUCAGGAUUAGGGUCCUUAGACUAUGGAAUUUUAAGAAGAAUUGAAUAAUCAGAAGUCCUGUGACAUGUGUUUGUAGUUGCAGGAUGAAUUGAGCAAAUUUGUGAAAAUUGAAAGAUUCCAAUAGGUCAUAGAUAAGUUGUGGUAAAAGAUGAGUAAAAUGGAAAUGGAUAAUCAAAGGGUUUUGUUGAAAAUAGAGAAUCUCGAAAAGGCUCUUUUAGAUCAAUAAGGAUUUCUAGAUGAGUUGAAUGAAUAACAACAAUACAAAUAAUAGGAUUAAUCUCAAAUAAUUUAAUAAGUGUCCUUGGAUAAAGGGUAGCUGGAGAAAUUGGAAAAAAGAAUUUCAAAGGAAAACCUAGCAGGUAUUAAGAAUAUUGAAGAUAAUUUAUAUAAAAGUCUAAACAAGGAGGUUCAAUCAAAGUUUAUGGUUAUGUAGGAGAAAAUGGAAGAAAUUAAUCAACAAUUUGGAGGAGUAAAUGAGUAGAUCGAACUUUUUAAUCAUAAGCAUGGAGUCACUAGAGAGGAAUGCGAAGAAAGGAUUAAUUAAAUUGCUGCAAUAGUUAAUGAGAAUAAUCAGCUUUUAAGAGCCAAUAAUAAUAGUGUGGGUGAAAUGCAAUAGCAUGUAAUUAUUCUGUAUUUUACAUAGUACAGUGAAUUAGAUGUGGAUGUGAUGAGAAUAUUUCAACAUAUUAAGACAUUAUUAUAAAAUGAUUACAAAAUAACAGAGAUGGAGUAGAACAUAACUGAUUUGAAUUCGCAAUUGAUUUCAUUGAGAAAUGCUGUUAAUGAAAUUGGUGAUUUUGUUUCAAAAAUAUGA